AUGCCGUUUUCCUUUAACGGCAUUCUGUGCGCGCUCGCGGUGCUGGUCCUGUGGCGGGCGGAGGAGCUCGCGGAAGCGUGCAGCUGCGCUCCGGUUCAUCCGCAACAGGCUUUCUGCAACGCAGAUAUAGUGAUUCGUGCAAAGGUGGUAGGGGAGAAACAGGUGGAUUCUGGGAAUGACAUCUAUGGGAACCCCAUCAAGAGGAUCCAGUACGAGAUCAAACAGAUCAAGAUGUUCAAGGGGCCAACCCAGGACAUUGAAACUGUGUUCACUGCCCCCAUGUCCGCUGUCUGUGGUGUUACUCUGGAUGCCACCGGCAAGAAGGAGUACCUGAUCUCAGGCAAAGUUGAGGGCAGCGGGAGCAUGCACGUAACUUUGUGUGACUAUAUCAUGCCCUGGGACUCCUUAAGUGCCACCCAGAAGAAGAGCCUUAGCCAGCGCUAUCAGAUGGGCUGUGGCUGCAAGAUUGUGCGCUGUCCCUCUCUGCCCUGUGAGAUCUCUGCUCCUGAAGAGUGUCUGUGGACGGACCUGAUGACCGAGAAGCAGUUUUACGGUCGCCAGGCCAACCACUACGCCUGCGUCAAGAGAGCGGAUGGUUCCUGUUCGUGGUACCGCGGUGUGGCCCCACCCAAAAAGGAGUUCCUGGAUGCGGAGGAUCCGUAGUGUCGUGACACGCCGUGCGCCCAACCGCCCGCUGCACAGCGUAAACAUAAUGUAAACCGCUCUAUUAUGCUAUUAAAAACAUCUCGUAAACAGGCGGAAGGGUUUUGUUUGUUUGUUUUUUUGUUUGUUUGUUUGUUUUCUUUUGAUAAAUGGUAAUGACAGUGAGAUUACCCGCUGGUCUGAAAACAGUCUUUAACCUCCCUUUGUGUUUGUUGUUCAUUAGCGUGUCCGCCUGGGACAGAACAACUCAGAGUAGAAAAGGGUUUAGAGGCUGUUCUCAGACACAGACCGUCUUAAAAAAGGAAAAAGGAGAGAGAAAAAAAAGCAUCAUGAGACAUAGACUGGUCAAGUGAUGAUGUAACUUCCUCCUGAGGCUGGCGUCAGGAGGACAUAAAUUCUUUUAGAGUGAUAUAAAAGCUCUGCUCUCAGACGACACCGACCAAUCCCUGAGCUAGAAAUGACCAUACGUUACCCCGUCCGCUUCCACAUUCAUUAUCUCAUUCUGUCUUUGAUUCCAAAGCCAAAUUCAAAGUUGCCUUUUCUUAAAAUAAUCCAUCUCCCUCUUUAUAUUAAGCACUGUUAGACAUCUGUCCUGCUGGGAAUCAACACGCAUGUGGUUUCUUCAAACGGAUCGUGAUUCAUCUCGUGACUCGUCUCAUUUGCCGAAACCGCAUCCCUGUACAGAUUCAGAGAGAGCAGCCCGUGGCCACCACAGGCCUCACUGGACCAGUCUAUGAUGUGCGAAAGUGAAGACGAGCUCUCUAAAUUUAAAUGAUAGUAAAUUGAAACCUGACGGGGGAGGGUCAGGCGAAGAACUUGCACUGACCCAAGAACCAAUCCAAACAUUGCGAAUAACUCUGCAUCCCUCCUUAAACAUUCUCACCCCCUCAACUCUGUAGCUGUACAGUACCUAUGCAUAUAGUUUUGUUUUUACUUGAUGAUGAUGAUGAUGAUUAUUAUUUACUGCAGUAGAACUAGAUUUGCACUUUGUGAGGCUGAGUUGUGGUAAAGGUCAGAGUCUGAGCACUCUGACGGGAUCACUGUUGUUUUGCCGACUGUCAGGUCCACCUCAGGUGCAGAUUUCACCUUAUUUCAAGCGCUUUCGGUAGCCGUUAUUACCCACAAAUGCAGUUCACCAGCUUAUUGUCGCUAUAAUUGUCACAACUGAUGAUGCAGUUAAAACAGAAGGGGCGCGUGAGAGGAUAUAAGGGAUUUGUUUGCGAAAUAUUUGUGUGAAAAAUAAGCGAAAACGGAUGUUUGGUGUCUUUGUGUUACCUGCCAAAUUACAACUGUAAAUGCAAGCAGCAGGGUUUUUUUUGUUUGUUUGUUUGUUUUGGUUUUGUUUUUGUUUUGUUUUUUGGAGGGAUGGUUUUGGUUGUUUUUUUGUUUGUUUGUUUUUUUGACUCGUCGAUAUACUCUCACCAGCCGUUUAGGUCUUUACAGCUUUGACUCGUCUUUCCUGUGCCGCACAGAUAUUAACAAAGCUUUAUCGCUGUUUUAGAAAACGAAUAACUCAACUGAAAUUGAGCUGUAUUAUUUUUAUUUUUGUUUUUUACACCUCAAGCUACAUUAACGAAAACCUAUAUAUGAUGGGGUAUUAAAUCAUAAUUUAAAAGUAAACUCUUUCCAUUUGCCAUGUCUUUGCAUUAUUUCAGUGUUAUUAUUAUACCUGUCGAGGUUUUUGCGUGCGUUUUUGUUGUCUUUGUCUAUGAUCUCUAGCAGUAGUGCCGAAUUAUAAGGUCCUCUUGCGCUGGAGUAACGUGAGAGUAUAAAGAAAUGAUGUGUGAAUAGAGGACUGUGCAUGUAUUUGAUGCUUUGUGUAAGUCCAAGAGCAGGACAAAAUAAUCAGUAUUAUCAAAUAAAAGUCAAACAUUUGAAGAAA